AUGCCGCAUAACAGAGAUCGUGUGACAUGUACAGAUAGUCUGGCCGAUGGCGCAUUUAGCGGCAAUACCAUCCGUCGAUCACGUGAUGCUGCAGCAACGUUGUCGUGCAAAGUUCGCGACCUCACCAUUCUGGAUGUGUGUAACACGUUUAUCGUACCCUCUUUCCGACAAGCCAAAGCAGCAUAUCAAGCAGUGCGUGAUCGUAUCCGAC